AUGAACGGCGUCGUCAAGGAUCGAACCGAGGACCCUGUCACCCCUGCCGGGGUCCCGAACUCGGCCAUCGUCGAGUACCUGAGCUCCGAGAAGACGCAGAGCGUGCUCCGCUUCAUCGUGACUCACCUGGGAGUCAGCAGGCCCGACGACCCGGUCGCGUUCCUGUCCGACCUGCUGACCCGCGGGCUAGAGAGCAGAGGGCGUACGCAAGAUGGAGAGGACGCUGGCCAGCUCGACGAGAGCCUCGUCCUGUUCCAAACCAGGCACAUCGAGGCCUUGCUCAACGCCAUGGACCCCUUCCGCAGGGGCGUCGUCUCCGUCGUGCAGUACCACAACGGGAUGUGCACCAUGGGCUUGGCCGACUACAACCGAGAGCCCGCCACCGACGAGGAGGGCUUCGUCUCGAGGGACACGUUCAUGCAAGAGGCGUGAGUACCCCGUCCCCCUUUCCACAUACGCACACGCACACAAACACAC